CUUAAAUUCACAUCAAUGGGUCAAUCUAUGAUAUGACAAAGAGCGUCUUGGAGGAAUUGUUAUUGGUAUUGGCAGGGCAUAGGUCUUCUCUUUUCAUUGUCACAGAAGUUGCCGGUUCAUCAUGCGGUGAACAAGUCCCAUGGAUUUGGACGCUCCGAUCGCGUUCAAGCAUACAUUACAAUCAUCCUGGUGAACGUGCAGUGUUGGAUUCAUUGGCAAAUAUAGCAGCAAAGUAUCACAGAAUACUCCUCUUCGCCAAAUCUGUACAGAAACAAGCGCAUCAACAGACCUUGCAAUCUAUUCGACAGAGAUGCAAAUCGAAUCAAUGGCAAAAUAAGUUACUCGUUCAGCUAACUUCAAAGAUUCGUGAGCUCUUAAAAGAUUAUGAGAAGUGGAUAUGUGAUUUGGAAUCUGAUAUCUUGCACGGAAGCUGGGAUAUAGCCGCAAGCGAAAAUGCCGAUCAGAUCAGUCUAUCGAGUAUCCGAGCAAGGCUGGAAGAAUGGGAAAUGCUCCUUUGUGCAUUAAAUCAACUCGUAUCAGAUCUAUUGAAAGGCCCAGAAGGUGCAAUUCCAACGUCUUUAAAGCCAGAAAGUAUCACAAAUGACUCUUUCGAGCCAAUCUCGCCACCAUCAUGUCCAUAUUGGGGCUCAGGUCAGCUUCUUGACCUCUUGGCAAAGAAAGCGGAAACGACUGUUGGACAAGUACAUGAAUUUAUGAUUACGCUCUUACAUACGAUCGAGGAUAAAUGGGUGCAAAUAUUUAUUGCAUGGAUGUGUUAUGGUCAAAAGCGUAUUGAUAUUGAUACCGAUAUGGUGAGCCUUGAGGAACCAAUCGUAGAGAAGAUUGAUCAGCUCAAUUCAGCAAAGGCAAGCAUCUUGUCUGCUUCUACGCCUUUCGAAUCUCGCCUACCAAAAUUCAUCACCACAGAAAAUGAUCAACAAAAGAAAGUAGAUCAGAACAUUGGAUGGGCAAUGAUACCAGGAGCAGUGCCAAAGUGGAUCUCGGACGACUUGGCAUUAUCGAACACGAUCUUGUAUGUUGGCCGAGCUCUCGGAAGAGUUAGAGAUCAUUCGAGGCGAUCGACAUCAUCGACGGGCUGGAGUUCGGGCAAGAUGGGUGGAGUACCUGCGACCUUAACUUCGUCUCAUGUUCGCUUAUUGCAAACACCAGAAGCACGGCCUUGUAGCAAACCAGCAGGCUUUCGUAAAGCGGUUGAAUUGGUUUCUGCCGAACUGUCGGAAUGGAUGUGGCGCACGAUUCUCAAACCUGAGACAAUUUUCAGCACUUUUGAAGCAUUGGGUGGAUACUUUUUGCACAGGAAGGGGCUUUUUAUCACUUCUUUCUUGGCUAGACUGACGGAGUUGCGGAAAGCAAAGCUGAUAUUUGCUCGUUCUGCUUCAACGGGAUUGAUAAGGGCCUCCGAUAUCGAAUUGGCGCUGCAAAAAGCAAGCAUUGGGACAGAAGCGGAAGAAGAUGUAGACCAGCUUGCAUUGUGUGAAGUUAUUGUACCCGAAAGGGUGUCCGGCCUUGAGAAGGAUGAUCUCAGCUGGAAGACAAUGACAGACGAAUACUGGGUAAAUCCUCUAAUCCGUUUCGACAACAUCAGCAUCGGUAUACCAUUUACGCUACUCUAUCACACUCGUUUCCCUUUGGAUAUGAUCUUGAGCCCAACUGAAACACGAGCAUACUCUGAUCUGUUCUCUUAUCUAUUGGCACUUCAAUCAAUCAAAGGACGGCUAAGAGAUUGUUGGAUCAGUCUGAGUAAAUCGCAAAGGGCUAGGCGUCGAUUCACAGGUACGGGAGAAGGAGGUGCUGACAGGCUGGAGUUGAGAAAGAGGUCUGACCUUUUACGAAUGGCAUGCGGAACGGCAAGAGAAGGGAUGUGGUUCUUGGAGACAUUGGACGGUCAUUUCCAUACGGAUAUCAUUGAUGUGCAAUUCAACAAGUUCCUCGCACAAUUUCGUGUACCGGAAAAAGAAGACAUGAAAGAAAAUGACCCAGCGCCUAAUGUCAGUGUCGAUAAAUGGCGACACAAGAUUUCGCAGAGCGUUCAUCGAGUAUCUUCUAUGGGUACCCUUCGUGAAGAAGAUGAGUCGGACUCCCGCAAUACAACACCUGAGCCAUCAAUUCCACGACCUGCCCGAACGUCAUAUGCUCGCAGUGUUUUCGGAGGCAGUCAAUUCUCUCAAAAAGCCAAUACUGUCAAUGCCAUGGCACCCAAUGGAGCCAUCAAAGUUGAACAGCAACCUGAGAUGGAUUUUGCUUCUGCACGUUCCAGUCAUCAAGCUUUUUUGACGUACGUAUUGCAAGGACUUUUAUUGACUGAUCAAGAGGCAAGCGUGUGUAUUUGGAAGAUCUUACAUACUUGUCGUCAUUUUGCUGCAUUGAUUGAUCGAUGGGGAGGUGAUGUUUUACCAGAUCUGUUGAGUGAAGGUAGUAUACUGGGAGAAGAGAAGAAGGAUGCAUUACGUGAACGUAUCGAUGCGAUCAAAGAAGUUACUUCAAUCUUGCAAAAUCAUAUCGAUCGAUUCUUUCUUAUAAUUUCAGAGGCAUCUGCAAAGUCUUCUUACAAAUUGCCGCAAUCGAAUUAUAAAUCAGAGGUUGACAAUAAUGGAGAUGCGAAGAAUGAAAAGAAGACUUCAACCGCCAAUGAUUCUCAAAGUGCUGCUUUGCGACAUCAUGAGCAAUUGUUACUACGAUUGGAUUAUAACAACUUUAUCUCUUAUAGAUCUUACUAUUCUGACCCAAAGAGGGAGGAAAGUAUGAUGAAAACAAGUGAUGAAUGAGAAUGUAUUUUAUAGACAUGUAUCAAUAUAUCUAUUGCAAAGUCA